UCUGUUCAGUGAAGUUGAAUUGCAUUGAAUUGAAUCGGCCAUGCUGUGUAAUAUAUUUAAACGCUCGCUUCAAGCGAAUAUAAGGAAUGUGAAUAACUUAAAUGUGCUGCGGUUGAGCAGUUCCAGUGGACCUCGAGGAGAGAUCCAGGACGCACUGGACAUAGAGGCCAAUCUCUUCGGGAAUUCAGAUUUAAGGCAUGAGCCGACAAACACGAGGGAAGCUUUACGCAAGAAUCGAUUUGCCGGUAGAAAACCCAAGGUGCCCAUGGCUGCAGUAGCAUCUCGCAAGCUCUCAGCUCCAGCUACUCCUGCUCCACGAGUGGCUCCAAUUCCCGCACCAAUAAUCAGGGACAAUGAGCUGAAUCUGGAGUUUGUGCGUCUCACCCUGCAGGAUCCACUAACCAGCACCCUACUGACCACAGUGCGUUCCCGCAAGCGCCGUGAUAAGAAGCGGCAGAUCAUCGUCGAGGGUCGCCGUCUCAUCCAGGAAGCCCUGCAAUGUGGUCUCAAAAUGGAAGUACUUCUCUUCUCCCAGAAAGAUCAGUUGGCUCUGGUGAAGGAGGAAGUAGGCGUAGCGCAGCUGGAGACGGGCACCAAGAUUUACAAAGUACCGCAGCACGACCUAAAGACGUGGUCAUCGCUGGUAACUCCUCCCGGUCUAAUGGCUAUCUUCGACAGGCCGUCGGACAAAGGCUUGGAGAAGAACCUGGCGGAGCAACAGCGUCUGGGCUCUCAGCCCUUGCCCAUUACAGUGGUGUGCGACAACAUCAGGGAGCCCAACAACCUGGGCAGCAUCAUCAGGACCUGUGCCGCUCUGCCCUGCAGUCAGGUGGUGGUCACCCACGGCUGCUGCGAUCCCUGGGAAUCAAAGGCGCUGAGAGGAGGCUGUGGUGGUCAGUUUAGAGUUCCAAUUCGGGAUGAUGUAACUUGGGAAGAGCUCGCGCUAACCAUUCCCCCAGAGGCGGCCGACGACUGUCAUGUUUUUAUUGCCGAGAGCAACCAAAGGAAGCGGGAGAACAACCAGACCAUUGACUAUGCAGAUAUCCAGGGUCUGGGAGCCCAUAACUUGCUCAUCAUUGGCGGAGAAAGUCACGGAGUCAGUGAGGAAGCUUACCGUUUCUUAAACUUGGUUGGAGGUAAGGGAAAGUGCAUCUACAUCCCGCUGGCAGCUGGCAUCGAUAGCUUGAAUGUGGCGUCUGCUCUGACGCUGUUGCUUUUCGAAAUGCGACGAAAACUCAACCAGCAGGCAUCAGCCAAAGAAUAAGUUUUGAAUAGCAAACGAUAUAUUUAAAUAUAUUUUCUUGAAUUGUGAAUUUCUGUGACUGAAAAAGUAUAAAUCGCAGUUAAA